GCUCUAGCUCUGAAGAUUUAAGUCUGUGGCUGGAAAGGGGUGACGCAACCCGCCUGCGAUGGUGCACUCCUGAAUCUUCCUGUGAGAGGAUUAAGUCACAGCCCCUAGAACAGACCUUUCCUCUGCCAGGUUCCUCUUUUUUCGAACCGGAGUACCUGCUGAGGUUUUCAGUCCUGGUGAAGAUCAUGGUGCCCAUUCCAGAACCAUAGACUGCAAUUGUGCUGUUAAGCAUUUGUCAUGUGUCACUAUCAACUGAGAAAUGAUAUAAAUAUAAAAGUAGACCACUGGAUGAAAGGAACUUGGUAUGAAAAACAUGGAAUAUCCAAACACAUGUAGUUAUUAUGCGUUGAAAUCAUAAUAUUCAGGAACUGGAAACAACCUAUAUGUCCCUCACGUGAAGAACUGAUGCAGGAUACGUGGUAUAUUUGCAUAAUGGAGUAUCACUCAGCAGUUAAAGGCAACGUCAUCAUGAAAUUCUCUGACAAAUGGAUAGACGUAUAAAAGAUCAUUGUGAGUGAAGUAACCCAGACCCAGAAGACAAACAUGGUUUCUGGGAGGCCACAUUGGCCAUUGUCAACCCCCAGCUAUAACGACUGUGUGUCUGCUUCUUCUGUACUCCCUGUCCCCAAAGGCAUAUCUCAAAGAAGGUCCUAGUUCCUACAAGGAAACAAUAUGGAGAUCCUGCGCUUUUUUCCUCAGGUUCCAAAAGAACAUGAUCCCAUAAUUUCUAAAAUGAAAAUGGAAUGUAGACAAAGACCAAAGGAGGUGACCAACAACCAGGACCAAAGAUCACAUUCGGAACAAAAAACUCCACAAGUUCAGAACUCUCCCCAAAAUAGGAAAAUUACCAUCACUUUUGGUAUAAAUCAUACAGCCUAUGAAACCACAGAUGAGGAGAGAGCUAGCUUAUACGAGGCACUGAACACCCUUGACCCUGUCAAAAGAGAGAUAGAAAGACAGCCAGGCAAAGAAAUGCUGGUGUGUGGCAUAAAAGGAAUAGAAGGGUACAUAAACCUUGGUAUGCCCCUCCGUUGUUUUCCAGAAGGCUGCCAUGUGCUCAUUACAUUUUCCAAAACUGAACGUGAGGAGAAAGAAGAUAAUGAAGUGUGUGGUCACUUUGACCAAUCACCUGCUGAGUGUGUUGUAUUUUACAUACAUGCAGUUGGGAAUAGAGAGCAAAGGAUUCUGAGGUGCAGGGAACUUCACAACGAGGGGACCAAACUCUGUGUCUAUGGCUUCAAGGGAGAGACCAUCAAGACCACUCUGAGGAAGGAUGGCAGGUUUGAUUCCUUUGUAGAGAGUGCCCAUUGGAAACUCAUUACCAAUGACACCACCAUAGCAAACACCCAGCCAGUUGAUGUGUUACAGGGCAAGCUCUUUCAGAUUGAUGUCGAGAGAAAGGAGAACCCUUGGGUGGCAUUGGCAACUCAGAAAUCUGAGUUAGAGGACAGAACCUUCAGUGAGUUAAAAGGAUACAUUGUGAAUUUGUACCCCACACUGAAAAGAGAAUGUGAGAAAAUGAGAGCAUACAUCAAGGAAGAGAGUGAGAAAAGAAAGAAAACCUCCUUAUUCAAAGCACAUAGAGAAAACUUCAGGAAGUUGACCCAAAACUCCACUCCAGGUAAAGUCUUCAAACUCCUUUCACAGCACAGUGACUCAGUGGGGCUCAUAGUUUGGAACAACAAUGGGAAGAGGGGUAGUGCUACUUGCUUCCUUUUCAAAGGGCUGUACAUUUUCACUUGUCGACAUGUAAUAAAUGACAUUGUAGGGGAAUGCAUAGAGCCAAGUAAGUGGGCAGAUAUAAUUAGUGAGUGUGUAAGAGUGACAUUUGAUUUUCAAGUGUUCCCCGCAAAGGAAGACAGCUAUUGUUUUGUUGAACCUUGGUUUGAGGUGUCUGAUGUAACUCUUGACUAUGCUGUCCUGAAACUGAAGAAAAAUGGACAGCACAUUCCUACAGGAAUCUGUAAUGGAACACCUUCUGAAUCACUUAGUGGGUUUAUAUAUAUGAUUGGUCAUCCAAAUGGAAAGUCUAAGGUUGUUGAUGGUUGUACUGUGAUACCUCAAGAUGAACAAAGAAGGAAAUGUGAGGACAUUCAGGGAAGAGAAGCAGUGGGUGGCAGUGAUCCUACACCAUAUAUCUAUAUGUACACCCAAAGAAGUUUCCAGAAAAAAAUCCAUGAACCUGGUUUGGUUACCAGGGAUAAUGCUUUCUAUUGUGGGUCUUCUGGAUCUCCUAUAUUUGAUGCUAAAGGGUCACUGAUCGCCAUGCACACUGCUGGCUUCAUUUGUGAGUAUGCAAGUGGAGUUUUCAGCAUCAUUGAAUUGGGCUCUUCAAUAAAACACAUCCUUGAUGAUAUUAAACAAAAACAUGAAAGAUGGUACAAUGAAAUUUGUGCAUUCAGCAGGAUAUAGAAAUACUGAGUCUAAGCUGAGCUUUGGUGGUACACGCCUUUAGUCCCAGCACUCGGGAGGCAGAGGCAGGCGACGGAUCUCUGUGAGUUUGAGUCCAGUCUGAUCUACGGAGGAGUUUCAGGACAACCUCCAAAACAAUACAGAGAAACCCUAUCUCAAAAAACAAAAACAAACAAACAAAAAAGAAAUACUGAGUCUAGAAGACUCAGAACCGAGAAUUCAGUCAGUUUCGUAUUAUUAAGGUAGCUGCCUCUGUAUUGUUUUUCCGUAGGCAAUGACAACAUUUCUUUACAUUUAAAUGGUGAGGACCCUCCACUUGGUUUUUUCCAUAGGGUUUGUACAACUUCGCACACCCACCAGCAAUGAAUGAGUGUUUCCCUUACACCAUAAACUCACUAGAA